GUGGCAAGUUAGUCCACUCUCGCCAGGCGGAGAAGACGCGCGCUCCUGCUCUCCCGACCUCGUCAUUAUUUAUUUAUUUAUUUAUAGUAAAUUAAUUUCAUAUAGUGACAUCAAGUGCCAAUAAUGAAGUUUAAAAGUGUGUUGUGUGUGUUGCUGCUGGCGGCGACGACGACUCUGGGGGACGAUGACUGGGAGUGGGGCGCCGAGUCCUCCCGUCAGGCCAAGGACAUCUUUGAAGAUGCUCCAGCACCCGGCAUUGCCACUUUCAGCGUCUCCGUCAGCCCAGAAGAGGAACCCCAAAUCAGUGCCGUGGAGGAGCUCCUCAUCCGUAAGACGUUGGGUGCUAACCCGCUGCCCCUCGAGCCCCACACCUCCUACAGCUUCAGUGUUGAAGCUGGGGACGGUGGUGGGGAGAUCGUGGAUGGCCUGGUAGUGGCCGAGGGCGGAGACCGCGAGGGACGCUUCCUGGGUAUUGGAGAGAAGUUGUGUUCGUACGGGAUCGGCAUCAACUGUGACAAGAAAUAUCCAGUGCCUGUCAAGUCUUCUUACGGACCUCCGCCCCCCAGACCACUCGCCCCUCUCAGUUCCUACGGGGCCCCGGUGCCCAAACCCACUUACCCCAACAGGAAACACGGUCCCCCUCCCCCACCAAAGGCUCCAUCUUACUCGUCUCCAUUUAAGGGACUCUUGUCUGUCCUCGAGCCCUUCAUUCCCGGAUCUAAGCCCCAAUUUCCUCCUAAAGUUGGCCAAGGAGCCCUGAACCCCUCCUACACCGCCCCCAACCCUAACUACGCCCCUCUCUUACCCUCCUACAACCCACCAGCCAACCCCACGUACAUUGCUCCCAAGCCCACCUACAACGUCCCUCGUCCGGCUUACACCGCCUCACCACCCCAGUACGUUGCCCCAAAGCCUGACUAUCAUGCCCCAAAGCCCUACAUUGUCAACAACAAGCCUGUUCACGUUGCCCAGAAGGUUGACUACGCUCCUCCUAAGCCCAAUUAUGGAGCAGUCUUUCCCUCUCAUGAUGUGCCCAAGGUGUCUUAUGUUGAGCCAAAACCCGCCUAUGCCAACCCCAUCAUAACCUACACCGCCCCUGCCAUUAAGCCCACCGUGAUCGAGCAACACACUCACUCCCACACACACAUCUACCAGGACCAAGGAGGUUACCAGGACGAUUACCAGGGACAAGGCACUCAGCAGGUCUUCCAGCGACAGGAUGUGAAGCAGGAUGUCAGUAUUGGCUCAACCCAUGAGGUAAACUUUGCAAAGAGUCAUGGCAGCAUCCAAGACAUCCAGAACAGUCAGCAUCACAGCUUCCGCCAAGAGAGUGCCAGUGCCAGUCACUCAUCUCCCUCCAUCGUGCCAGCUAUUGUCGUGGGUCAAAAGUUCCUACCAGGCAGGAUCGAGACAGGGUUCAAGCCAAUGCCGUCAGUUUCACAGACACUUUUCAGGCCGCUAGGUCCUACCUACCGCGAAGACUGCCAGUGUGUCCCCAAUGCCUUCUGCUCCGACCUAGAUGUCGUCGCCCGCAACGCUCCUGGCGACAUCAGGGAGCUCCUGGAUGCCCGCAACAGUAAAAUUGCUAUUUACUCCAACGCUACUGAUUCCCUUACUUCUGCCAAUGAAACUGAAAAUGAAGUCUCCAGCGAGAGACCUGGGCGACGAGGAAGAGUUCUGGACCUGAGUGUUGAGGCGGCCACAGAAGACGUUGAAGAGGUGACGGAAUUAACGACAGAAGCGGAGACAAUUGAGCCAGUGGCAGAAGAGGAUGUAACAGAAGCAAUGACAGAACCAGUGACAGAAGCAGUGACCGCAGAAGAAGAGAAGGAGGAGACACGGGUCAGGAGGGACGUGGACGACACGGAGGAUGAGACCGUAGCACCAGAUCCCGUCAGCGACCGUCAGGGACGCCAGUUGACAGGCUUCACUCCCGGACUCAACGGCUGUGGUCACAAUCACGUGUGUUGCCGCAGACCCGUGUUUAAACCCCACCGUAAGCAGUACACCUGUGGUCGUCGCAACGCCGCUGGUCUCCUGGGUCGCGUGAAGACUGCACAGUUCGCCGAGGGAGACUCUGAGUUCGGAGAAUACCCCUGGCAGGCGGCCAUUCUCAGACGCGAUGAAGGGAAGAUUAUGUACCAGUGUGGCGCCACGCUCAUCGACGACAAACAUGUUCUAACCGUUGCACACUGCCUCGAAGGUCUCCACCCGUCGCAGAUGAAGGUUCGUCUGGGUGAGUGGGACGUGUCGGGAGAGUCUGAGUUCUACACCCACCUGGAGGUGAGGGCUGCCGGCGUCUACCUACACCCUGAGUACUACAAAGGCAACCUUAACAACGAUAUCGCCGUCGUCAGACUGGAGGCCUCCAUUGACUUCUCUGUACACCCCCACAUCACGCCUGUGUGUCUGCCGGACAAGUUUACAGACUUUACUCAUCAGCGCUGCCAUGCCACUGGCUGGGGUAAGGACGCCUUCGGCAGUGAAGGCAAGUUCAGCCAGGUACUGAAGGAAGUGGAGUUGCCGGUGAUGGAGGACCUCCAGUGUGAGGCCACCCUCAGACAAACUCGCCUGGGCAGAGGCUUCAAACUUCACGAGGGUAACUUGUGUGCCGGAGGAGAGGCUGGCAGAGACACCUGCAAGGGUGACGGUGGCAGCCCCCUGGUGUGUGAGGGGAGUGACGGGUCGGUGCAGCUGGCUGGGGUGGUAUCCUGGGGCCUCGGCUGUGGUCGUCCCGGUAUCCCCGGCGUCUACGUGAAGGUGUCUCACUACCUCGACUGGAUCAGAGACAUCACCAGGGCGUAUGAAUUGUUUGUAGAGUCAAGAGAACUGUUUAUGGACCCCAGAGAACUGAUUGUGGACCCCAGUGAAUUGUUUGUAGAGUCAAGAGAACUGUUUAUGGACCCCAGAGAACUGAUUGUGGACCCCAGUGUGAGGGCGGCGGUGUGUCUCCUGCUGACCACCACAGCCGUUUUAUCAGCCGACGACUGGUCCUGGGGAACCGACGCCGCUUCUGCACCUGCUGCGUCGCAUAAAGCUCUCCCCAAGACCCGGCAAGUCCACCUACCACCUCCCCUGGAGCCCCGCCCUCCUCAGAGUGUCCCCAGCAAGGUCUCCACUCAGGGGGACAGGCAAGGCAGGUUCCUGGGACUACAAAAAACACUCUGCUCUCUGGGGAUCGGUUUGAAUUGUAACAAGAACACUCAGCCGCACUACCCCAACACCCUCCCAGGUCAAGGCCUCAUCUCUCGUCCUCACCCCACCCUGGGAGACCACCUACCCAUCCCCCCGUCACCACUCGACGUGACUUACCAUCACUCACACACACACGUCCAUCUUCGCCCUGAUGCCAGACCAACUUCAGUAACUGGUGGCUUCCCUCCUUUGGCUGGCCAACCAACACCACACGGGUUCUCCUUAUACCACGAUAAGUGCCAGUGUGUACACGCCUCCUUCUGCUCCUCCUACGAUAUCGUGGCCCGCAAUAAUCCCGGGGACCUUAGAGACCUCAUCGAUGCCCGCAGCCGUACAUCAGACAUCCUUUCUAAUGAAACACACGUCGAGGAAAAUGUUGCUACCACACCCGCGCCCGGUGGUCACGCCGCCCCUCACACCACUGGUCGUCAGGCGAAGAUUUUGGAUAUCGAGUUAAAGAACGAGACCCGCGUUAGAAGAGACACGCUCGACAACACUCACAAACCUUUCAACGCCACACACGACACUGAAGCCCGAACAUUAUUUUACUACCCGGGAGCAGCUGGUUGUGGUGCAGCCUAUGUGUGUUGCCGUAACCCACAAGUUCCUCCUCGACCCUCCAAGUACUCAUGCGGCCGCAGCUAUACAAGCGGGGUCGCACCUCGCAUCAAGACACCACAGUACGUGAAGGGAAACACAGAGUUCGGGGAGUACCCUUGGCAAGCGGCCAUCCUCAAGCAUGGUGACGAGUACGUGUGUGGCGGCGCCCUGAUCGACGAGCGACACAUCCUGACUGCCGCCCACUGUGUUGACGGAUUAAUCCCUCAUCAGCUGAAGGUCCGUCUGGGUGAGUGGGACGUGUAUGGACCCACCGAGUUCUACCGUCACGUGGAGAUGCAGGUGGAGUUUGUCGCUCUCCACCCUGGCUACUACGCCGGCAACCUUCACAACGACAUCGCCGUCAUCAGGAUGCACCGCUAUGUUGAUUUCUCAGCCCACCCACACAUCUCGCCCGUGUGUCUGCCAGACAGCUACAGCACCUUCGUGGGUCAGCGGUGCCACUCUACCGGGUGGGGGAAGGACGCCUUCGGCAGCCAGGGCAAGUACCAGACCAUACUGCAGGAGGUGGAGGUGCCCGUGGUGGACCACUAUCGAUGCCAACAGGCCCUCAGAAGCACCCGCCUGGGGCCCAGUUUCAACCUCCAGCAGGGCAUGUUGUGUGCUGGCGGCGAGGAAGGUCGUGACACCUGUCAGGGUGACGGAGGCGGCCCCCUGGUGUGUCCGGGUCCUGAAGGCAGGUUCCAGCUGGCUGGCCUGGUGUCCUGGGGCGUCGGCUGUGGCCUGCGAGGUAUCCCCGGCGUCUACGUCGACGUUGUUUACUACCUGCAGUGGCUUCACGCCAUCACAUCAGCGCCAUAAAUGCUCAAUAAAACACAGCAUCUCAUACCAAAGAAACAACGGUGACGAGAUGCUCAAACUGUGUCAGUAACAAGUGGCGGCUUCAUCACUGUGAAGAGUCGUGUAGCAUAAAUUAUGCAGUAGUGUCUUCCUUGUUACCAUAAUCAAAAUAAAAACCCUUUUUUAUA